AUGGCGACCUUUGCAACCUCGACACCUUCACCCCAGCCAUCAGGCAUCCGCACUCCUCCCACACCCAAGCACGGCUACAGCGACCACUGGGAGCCCUACUCGCCGCGCAAGUCAGCUCGCAUCUCUUCGCAGCGCGCAACCCACCGAACGCCCUCUCCCUCUUCAUCUCACCGCACACCUCGCACGACCAGGAAAUCCGCCGUUGCCGCGACAGCCAUCAUGUCGCCCGCCUUUUCGCCUCAGAAAAGGCGCCUUCCUGCUCUCGAUGCCGUGCACCGCGCGUCAUCGUCAAGGAGCGUUGCUCAGACCCUCGGCCAAGACAAGGAGGAGCAGGACGAAUCGCGAACGGCAGCCUUUCACCGCCGCUCCGGCAUGCUGCCCACGCCUGUGAAGACGCCUAGGAAGGCGCCGACUGAGACGCAGGCCGCGAGUAUCGAGGCUGUGGCCCGCAAUCUGUUUGUUGACGAGGACGCUCUGACGACACCCCGCAAGAAGCGUACACCUAAGAAGUACACGGGCAUGUCUCUGGAGAGCUUCACCGCCGAGGCUGUGCAAGACGAUAUCCAGAUCUUCACCGACUCGCACGACCGCGUGCCUGAGGUCGACAACAGCGUCGAGAACCCCUUCUACGGCUCCCACACGGAGGCGCAGCCCGAGCCGCGCCUUCGCCGGAGCAAGCGCAAGGUGACCGUACCUGGAGAAGGCGCUCAGCACGUGGAUGAGGCUCUUCAGCGUGAGGACGGAAUGGUCUAUGUCUUCCGUGGCAAGAAGGUGUUCCGCAAGUUCGCCGAUAACGACGACGGCCUUGACGAGGAGGCGGCACUGGAGGCUCAUCUCGGCCGCCCCCUCACUCGUUCAUCCAUCAAGCCCCGCCGCCUGUUCCAGCGCGCUGAGCCUCCCGAGAUUCUCGUUACCCCCGAGGAUGAGGAAGCGCUCACUGACAUUGAGGAUCAUCACAUGGAUGAGGAGGACAAGGUCGAGGAGACGCCCGAGACGCCAGCUGCCGAAGAGUCCUGCCCCGCCACUCCUGCGGCACCCCGAUUCGGCCCCGCUGCCACGCCUCCUGGGACGCGCCGCACCACUCGCUUCCUCUCCAAGAGCGAAGAUGCGACACCCUCCAGAGCAAAGACGGGCCGCACGCUCUUCGAAGAUUGGCGUCGUGUCAAGAGCCGACCUGACAGCACAGAGCGUACGACAAAGAGGCCUGCCAGCGACGAGCUCAACGCAGCCACACCCAAACGCACCAGGUCCUAG